AUUCUUGUUUCUUAUUAUUCUGAAAGUGUCAAGCAAUUUCGUGUUGUUUUUGUAUUGCUAUUUGCUACAGUAUAUUUGACUUUGGUUUAAUAAUUGCGUUUUACAAUUAUUUUGUGAGAGUUAAUAACAACAAAGCAAGAAGAGAAAACUGAUGAAAGAUGGAUAUCUAUGGAUACCCUCCGUAUCAAUAUAAUCAACCAGAUGAACUGGCCAAACAAAUGUUCGCCCAGCAAGCUCUUGCCUCAUCAGCUGCAUAUGAUCGAGAAACACCUGGACCACAUCUCAUGCCUGUGCCUACUGGAACUCCGUGGAAUGUUCAAAGUCUUCCCUGGAGCUUGCACUCUCCUCCGAAUCUAGUUCAAUUUACAGCGCAAACCCCCGAAGACGCUAAAAUUACACCAUUGGUACACUGUAAAAGAAAGAGCUUAGAUGUUGAACCAGUAAUCCCUACAAAGCAGUUCAUAACAGAGGAAAAAAUGGCAGCACAUUUAAGUGGUCUCCAUAUAUCAUCCAAUUACACACAACAUUCACUGGCCUCGGAAGAUGUAAUGGAGUUGAGCGUGGAGCCAAAUGCCAUGAGCAUCAGUGAGAAAUUGAAAGGUCAUACAAUAGUAUUGUCAGAAGAUGUUAAAAAAUUGCAAGAGGAGCCCAUUUUACCCACCUCGCUAAUUGAAAGAUUACAAAAGCCUCAAAUGUCCUUAGUUGUCUGGAAGCCCAGGGAGAAUGUCUUAAAGAAAAUCAAAGAAGAGAAAGAAACAUCUGACGAAGAUUCUCCAAAAAAAAGAAAUGGUGUUCUUGUUGCAGAACAUUCAAGAAUAGACAUGGAAAUAUAACUUUUUCUAUGAAAUAUUGUACAGGUGCAUUGUGAAGAUUGUAAAGGUGAUGGGAAUAAUAUUUUUAUGGGUAUAAUUUAAAUAUAAUACAUUCAAAUAGGUCCGUCUAGCUCUCAAUGCCAAAUAAGACUUUAUUUCUUAUCAAUUUGAAAAGAGUCAUAAUAUAGUAAAGCCUCAUUAACUCGAAAUUCAAGGGUGAUCAUUUCCUAGACUUGGUACAGAUAUAUGCACACUCUUAAUACUUCUAAGGUAAUAAUAUUAUGUGUCGAUAAUAUAUUUAAGGUUGGUACUUUAGUUACCUUU